CCAAAAGACGAAACGACAAAUUUUGACGUUUAUUCAUUCUUGUGGUGAACAAAAAUACGUAAAAUUAUAAAUUUCCCUAUAAUUUUUGACUUUAAAAAAAAGAAACGACCAUGGAGGCAGUUCCAAGACUGCCGAUGGUCUCAUUUCAAUUAAAAGUAAGUCCGGAACCAACUAGUUUUGCAACAAAACUCAAACAGUAUAUUCAAGAUUUUUAUAAUGAAGAUCCGGAAUCGUACAAUAACGAAAUUCAUCAACUCGAAAGUUUACGAUCAUCAGCUGUUCGGCCACCGAUUGAUGUUAAAGGAUGUGAAUUAUUAAAAAGAUAUUAUUGUCAAUUGCAUUUUUUGCAAAGUAGAUUUCCCAUGGGUAAAGAUGGUCCCGCUGCUGUUGUUUUCACUUGGAAAGACACGUAUGCUAAUAUGGUGUGUUCUCUGGCGAAUAUUCGUUUUGAAACGAUUUCUGUUUUGUAUAAUAUUAGUGCUAUUCAUACACAAUUGGGUGCAAGAUCAGAACGCACAUCACCUGAGGGAAUGAAAAUGGCAUGUACUCAUUUUCAAUGUGCAGCAUGGGCUUUUGAUCAUUUGAAAAAUAGUUAUCCCCAACCGCCUGGCGUUGAUUUAGCACCCGAAUUGAUGACAUUUAUGUAUCAAUUGUGCUUGGCUCAAGGACAAGAGUGUAUUUUAGAAAAGAGUAUGCUUGAUAAUCGAAAACCAUCAAUAGUUGCAAAAGUCGCACGUCAAAUUGUUGAUUAUUAUGGUUUGGCGCUUGCAACACUGGAGCAAGGUGGCAGUGAAGAUGGCACUGUUUGCGAAACAGUUGGAAAUAAAAUUUACAAGAUUUGGAAGAGAUAUGUGAAAUUUAAAAGAGCUUAUCACUUGGCAGUGACACAACUUUAUCAAGGUUUGGCAGCUGAAGAACAACGAAAAAUGGGCGAAAGAGUGGCGUUCUAUAAUGCAUCUUUGGCAGCUUUAAAUGAAGCUCGUUCUCUUUUCGCGAGUGCAAAAGGUGUUAAUGGAAUAACGGGCACCACUGAUGAAAAAGAAGCAAUCGAAGAAGCGCUCACCUUCACAAACGAUGUUAUCGAAGGAAAACGAAAAGCUGCGAAAAACGAGAAUGAAUACAUUUAUCAUGAGGAAGUGCCAGAGAAAGAUGCUUUACCAGUCGUCAAGGGUGCUUCUUUAGUUAAAGGCAUUUCCUUCAACGUCAAUGAUUCUGAAGUUUCUGGUUCGGACAUUUUUGCCAGGCUCGUUCCAAUGAAAGUACACGAGGCGAAUUCAUUAUAUUCAGAGGAGAAAGCAAAAGUACUGCGUUCAGUUGGUGGGAAAAUCGAGGAGCGCGAUCAAAUAUUGAAUACAUAUUUAAUGUCAUUGAAAUUGGAAAAUUUGAGCCUCUGGGAUCCGGAUGCAGUGAAUUCCGAAUCGGAGAUUCUCGCUUUGCCGGAAGAAUUGGCCGAACGUUGUGCUGCUAUAAAUGCAAAACCCAAUGCAAUACAAGAACAAGUUGAUACAAUGGCGAAAUUAUCUGAUACCUAUCACAAUGUCGAGGCAAUGCUCAAAGAAAUUGAUGUUAUUUUAACAGAGGAACAACUAAGGGAAAAACUGUAUCAGGAGACAAUGGGUAAAAGGCCGCCGUCAAUAGUUGCCACAGAUUUGACGAGAGAAGCAAAAAAGUACGAAGAAGCUCACGCUAAAGCUUCCGAAAGCAAUCAAGCCCUUCAUAAAGCGAUGAAUUUACAUGUUAAUAAUUUGAAAAUUCUCUCUCAACCUUUGUCGAGUUUAAUGGCGCAUAUUCCAUCUCCUUCGAUUAAAUCAGGUGAAGGUAGCAGUGAAAAGAAAGUUGACAGUGAAUCGGAUAAGCUUCGCACACGCGAAUUAAAACGAAUUCUAAACAAAGUGGACGAAAUGCGUAGACAAAGAAAUGAAUUACACAGCAAAUUGCGGGAUGCAAUAUCUCAAGAUGAUUUGACAAGAAUUUUGGUAACUGCCACAUCAGAAUCGAAAUCGCUAGAUGAACUUUUCGCUGAACAAAUCAACAAACAUCAACCGACUGUGAGUCUAAUAGAACAAAAUCUAGCAGCUCAAGACAAUAUAUUGGCCGCAUUGACAGAAGCUUACGCUCACACAGCAGAAAUUCGUAAAACAGUUGACGAGGUUCUAAAGCGUCGUGAAUACAUCAUAACAUCACUGAUCACUUCCUACGAUGCUUAUGAAGAUCUUCUCUCAAAAACUACCAAGGGUUUGGAAUUUUACCGAAAAAUGGAAAUAAAUGUCACGAAAUUAUUGCAAAGAGUGAAAAACACUUGUAAAGUUCAGGAGGAAGAACGUGCUCAGAUUCUCGCACAAAAUAGUGUGGGCUUACGUGGAAUCAGUGACAUUUCAAUGACAGAAACAAAAUCUCCACUCCAUAUGCUUCCUAAAGAUCCAAAUGCAACUGGAAGUGGCCUAAAACUUAAGGAUUAUUUAGCAAACAGAGUAACAAACAUUCCCACCUAUCACAAUCAAUACUCCGAUCAACGAUCAUUAUCCAUUACAAAAAUAAACACCGAUCAUCAGGGAAUAAAAGGCACCGAUCACAAUGGUGCCCAUGAAAAUAUACCCCCAACAACCAAUACACAAUUCACCGAUCCCAAACAAUAUCAAUACUAUCAGUAUUCUGAAUAUUAUCCCGGUCAACAUAAUGCCUACAAUACACAAUACAUUUACGGAGAGACAUCAACAAAUUUAAACUCAAGUCUACCGAAAACAGGAACAACAUUUUCAGACAGUGUCUAUGGACAAGCGGGAAAAAUAAAAGCAUCAACAGAAUCGACAAAUUCUUCUGAUCCCUAUGCCUAUCCCGUUCAAAAAGGUUACUCAACAAAUCCAACAAACGAUCAGUAUUCGUAUCCAUACAAUUCGGCUUAUCCCUAUGGUUAUCAAGUCAUUCCCGAGAAUACAAAUUAUCCCGGUGUUCAACAACAAGUGAACAGUUCAUCGCCUCAUCAUCAUCAAAAUUUAAAUCCAAUGCAAAUCCAACAAAAUACAGUUGUUGACGAAGCAGGAAGAAGUGUGGAAAUUAAUAAAUCAGUGCCUUAUGUUACGUCCAUUCAUCAAAGUUACAACACUGAUGGUCAAACAAAUUCAGGAACAGUCACACAAGUUCAGACGAAUAAUCAAAAUGUCGCUAUAAAUUCCUAUCAAGUUCCUCAGGCAAAUUUACAGCAGCCGAAUAGUAUCACUCAGGGCUACGUGAAUCCAAUGGGUUCGAAUGUCGAUUUACAAGCGACGGUGAAUAUGUCACAGAGUAAUCAAUCAAUUCAUCCGCAUUCCUCACAAGUUGAUCUGCAACAGCAAAUGAGUCAACAACAAAUUAAUCAACUCUCUGCGCAGCAGCAAAUUGUUUCUCAUCAGAACAGUCAAAUAAUGAUUAAUCAACAUGCGAUCAAUCAGCAGCAGCAGCAGCAGCAGGUUAAUCAACAACCGAUUAUUCAUCCGAUUAAUGCAAUCGGUCAACAGGCAGUUAAUCAACAGAUUAGUCAGCAACCGAUCAAUCAGAUUAAUCAACAACCGAUUCCUCAACAGCAGAUUAAUCAGCAACCUAUCAAUCAACAACAAAUUAAUCAACAACCGGUCAAUCAACAGCAGUCGCAAUUGAUCCAGAAUACCCAGAGUUCAUCGCCUGGUAUUCAUUACACCCUGUCGCAACAAUACAUUCCAAAUCAACACAUGGGCAUGUACACGAAUACAUCGGCCACUGACAGUUCGACAUAUUCAACAGCAACAACGAAAAAUCCCUCUGUGAAUAUCAGCAGUAAUUCCUAUUACGACGAAGCAGCGCAAUAUUCAACUGCUGCAAAUUAUAACGCCGAUCAGCAAAAUUACAUUAACAAUCAAUACGUCUCACAGAAUCAAAAUGAAAUUGUUCAUAAUUAUAAUAACUAUGGAAAUUAUCAACAAACUGAUGCGAGUGGUUUUAAAAAUAUUCAAAGUUCGAGUACAAUUCAAAAUAUUCCCGGUUACUCGGAAAUUAUACAAAGUCAUGCAAAGGCAAAUUCAUUUUCAAAUUAUUAUAAUCAACAACAACAGCCACAAUCGCAGGAUCAACAGAAUUUUACUGGAAGUGUUGUUAAUCAGUUUGGAAACUAUUCGCAAGUCUAUGGGAAUAAUUAUGGAAAUGUACAGACGAGUGAAAUUUCUGGUUCGUCAACUGAUUCGUAUCAAGGUCAUCCGGGUUAUGGAUAUAAUUCUCUAACCGGUGGUUAUGAAUAUAGUUCGGGUUAUCAAAAUACACAGGCACUGCAGGGACAGGAGCAGCAAAAUAAUGCGAUUGGUGGUUUAACGGAUUCUGUCAAUAGUCCCGUUUAUCAACAGCAGGAUGGUUAUAUGUUGUAUACAAACGCUGGUAAUAAUACCGCCACAAAUCAAACAUCUUCCUCGCAAUACUCAGCUCAGAAUGAUAAUUCUACAUCUAAUCCGGCUUAUUCGCAAUAUACUCAACAAACUCCUACUCAAGACAAUUCAAAUACAACAUUAAAUGAAACACAAGUAAAAACCCAAAGCACUGAGACAAAUACCGUGAAGAAUAAAGCAGUACUUGAACAAAAAUCGAAUGUUGAUCUUCUCUCUGAUUUGGAUAUUACAAUUAAUCAUGCGCCACUAUUACCGGAAGUUUCAAUAGUAAAAGAUGAGAAAGAAGAGGUGAGAAGUGAAUUAAAGUCUUUGGAAGUCAACCAAGAGAAAAUUAUUCCUACUGCUCGUAAUGAUACGAAAUUAUCAUCGAUUGAUGAUAAAACGGAGAAUUUGCAAAUUGUUUGGGACACAUGGUAUUUGGACGUACAACCGAAGAAAGAUCCACUUGGAGAGCCAACAAUUUUACAAAAAUUUCUCAUCGAUAUUGAAAAAUAUGAGAAAUUUGUCGACAGUCUUUUAAUAAUAACAUUGAGUGGUGCUAAGAAUAUUGAUAUCAAAUGGAAGGAAGUUAAAGAAUUUGAGGAUAGAGAAGCAAAGAAACAGAAAUGUGCGAUCGCUUUGGCUAAUUCGUCAAUGAAUAGAAAUAUCGAUUGCAUUCCUUACGAUAUGAAUCGCGUGGAAAUGAAUUCUUACAUAAAUGCUUCAUUUGUAAAGGAUGUAACUCAAUGGACACCGGCAGCAUUUAUCAUUUCACAAGCUCCGAGAAGUGAUGAAUUUCAAACAUUUUGGUCUAUGGUCUGGGAUCAGGAGAGCGAAGUUAUUGCUUGUUUGGCUUCUGAUUUACAGUUAAGCGGCGAUAUUUAUUGGCCAACAAGUGAAGAGAAAAAUAUAACUAUCGGAGACUUUACACUGAAAAUGAAAAAUCGAAUUAAUCACGCAACUUACAUUCAGACAAUCAUUACUCUUACGCGUUCCGGACAAAAAGUGGAAAGAGUAGUUGUACAUAUGCAAUUUCUUGUUUGGCCAACAAAUGGUUUUCCGAGUUCUCCUGGUUCGUUGCUUGCCUUUGCAACUGACGUCAUGUCAGAACAAGCAUUGAGACAUUGUUCACCGAAACCAAUAAUUGUUCACUGUCUCGUCGGUGGAACUCUCAGUGGUUUAUUUUUAAUUGCAAUGGCAGCAAUUUGUAAUGUUAGAGCUGGCCAUGGAAUUGUUGAUGUACCAUUGGUAUUUUCAAGCCUUGUUAAAUUUCGCAAAGGCUUGGUCGACAAAGAUUCGUUAUUAUUUGGCUAUCGAAUGGUUCUCUAUCACGCUCAAGAUACUUUAAUGAAAAGAGGAAUUUUAUCAUCAACUCGUUCGACUUUUGAAUGUUUCGAAGAGAUUAAGAAAAAUAAGGGGAAAAGUAUGACGAAGACACGUCAUCAUCCUUCUGAUGAUUUCCUCCAUAAUUUCGGAUCGGGAAUUCAACAUGGAAUUUCUACACCAGGGGGACAGCCAACAUCAUCGGCCAGGCCAAAUACACCGCAAAGUAUUCCUUCCAUAACACAGGAAAAAUCUGACGUGAUAGAUCCAUUGAGUCAGUUAGAUCCGCUCUGGACCAUCAGAAGAUAGUCAUUAAUUUAAAUAAUUGUAAAAUAAUAUCUGCUUUCUAAAGAACGCAAAACAAUGAAAAAGAGAAGAGAAAGAACGCAGUGGCGAUAUAAUUGUGAGUAUUGGUUAACACACUCGAAUUAAUUACAAGUGUAAAUAGCUUUUAAAAAACAAAAAAAUGGGUGACAACCAUUUCCCUAUAUAUGAACUAGAUGUAAUUUUUUUUUAGCAUUUUUUUCGAAAUUUUCUGCAUAAUUAAAAGAAAAUUACUUAUUUA